AGCAGCAGCAGCAGCAGUAUAUGACAACAACCCCAACAUCGUCACCGGCGGACCCCGACGACCCCGACGACCCAUCUAAACAGGGCCCGCCGCCGCUGCCCGCCGGUUGGGGAGAGCUCCGCACCGGCGACGGUCGGCCUUACUACGUCUACUACCCCACCGGCGCGGUCCAGUGGGAGAGGCCGAAACCUCCAUCGGCAGACUCGGACGGACGCGACGAGGCGGGGCAGCAGCGGGAGGAGGGUUCAUCCGCGGCGAGGGCGGAGGGUGCUUCCGCCGCCGGGGGUGCUGCGGCCGUCGAAGGCGAGGCAGGCGCGAGGGGGGAGGCGGGAAAGGGGGGUGCGGUUGCCGGGUACGGGGAGGAGGACCCCUAUCGGGGAGAGUCUGAGAUGUCAGACGCGGAACGCGAAAUCGAUACCGCCACCUCCGGAGCGAGAAGCAGCGUGACAGGCGACGCCGACUCUCCCGCCGCCGGUGGUGGCGCUCAAGCACCGCCGAGCACAUACCCGGGCCAACCCUCGCCGAUGGACAGCAGACACGUGCUGCAAGGAGCAGCGGGGAAGGAAGUGACCGCUUCGGCGUAUCCGUCGAGCGCUCGGCCCGAGGGAAACGAAGGUCGACUGCCUUCGCCCGAUGAUCCGUUUCGGCAGCAACAAGGCAGCGGGCCUGGGGGCGUCACCGGGGGGAACGCCGCCGCCCCGGCGUCCCAGCAGGGAUCACCGUGGGGAGGCGGCGGCGGCGGCGGAGACAAGGCGGCGGCGUCCCCUCUUUCCGGGGAGCGGAUUGGACAAGAAGGGAGCGGUGUCGGCGGCGAGCCACCGGAUCCUUGGGGGAUGGGCGGCGACCAGCAAGCACCCUCGCAGCCACAGCAACCGAGCGGUACCCCUCCCAACCCCUUCAUUCAGGCGGAUCAGAACCCGCCGCCGGCCUGGGGAGAGGACCGUGGGGAAGCCUCAGCCGGCGGUGGGUCUCUCACAGCACCGGCGGCGUCGUCCGUAGACCCGAUGCGCGGUUCGACUCGAGACCAACCUGGGGGCAGGAACGAACACGGCUCGCCGCUCUCGGACGCUUGGUCGGCGAGCCGACAGCAGCAGCAAGGCGCCCCUCCGGGAGCGGAGCCGUACGACCGGCGCCCCGCCGGUGUUAGUCCCGCGCAGCAGCAUCCCGGGUACAACCAACAACAACCGGGAGACGAGGCGGCGGAGGGGCAGUCGUGGGGAGGAGGGGGUGCCGAGGGCAGGGGUCGAGGUGGCCAGCCCGCCACCGCCAGCGCGUGUGCGAGCAGCAGUGGACUGGGGCAGCAGCAGCAGCAGCCACCUUUUCAGCAACAGCAACCCGGUCGAGGAGACUACGGUGGCUAUUACGGGCGGAACGACGGGUACUACCAAGGACCGCCGGGGGGUAACGGAGGGUCUAGGCAGCAAGGGAAUGCUGAAUACGGCGGUUUCCCGGCGGGCUCGCGCGCGCUGGUGCCGAACAACGGCGGCGCUCCGCGUGGGGGAUUGGAAGUCAAAGAGCAGGGGCUGCAGCUGGUAAAGGGGGCGUGGGCGCGCAUCCUGGUCGGCAAGGACAAGACAAGGGCGGCGCUUCACGAUGCCAAAGAGAAGGCUGGCGUCGCGGCGUCGACAGCAACCUACAAGAUCAAGAACACCAUGGGCAGCGUCACCAGCCGCGUGGCCGACGUCCUGGAAGGCGACCCCCAAGGUCUUGCUGGUCCCUACGGCCAGCCCCCCCAAGACUACUACGGCGAACCGAGAAUGGGGGCCGGCGGAGGGCAGCAGCAACAUCCACGCUCCUGGCAAGGGGCGCCGCAGAAUGGGUACCGUGAAGGCGGCGUUCCUCGCCCAGGACAGGACCCCCGCGCAGCUCCGGCGGGCAACGGUGGUGGAUAUCCUGGAUACCAGAACCAGGGCGCUGGCGUAUCGGCCGGCGCUGGCGGCGCUGGUGGGUACGGGGGCAACGGUGCGCGCGGGGCGGCGGGCGGUUACCCUGGUCCCUCUUUCCAAGGGCAAGCAGGACAGCAGCAGCAGCAGCAGCAGCCUAGAGGAGAGCCGCAAGGAGUUCGUGGGUUCGAUGGCGGCAGCAGCUACGGACCCCCGGUUGGACGUGGUGGCGUGCCGCCCGGUGGCGCUGGCGCGAGCAUGGGUUCCUACCCGGGGCAAGCGCCGCAACCGCAGCCGCAGCAGAGACUGCAGGGGCAGGGGCAGGGGCAGCCGGGGGGCGGAGGAGGCGAUUGGCAGAAGGACGGGGACGGUAGUCUGUUUUGGUGAUGUCGUAGCAUGUUCCUGUAGUCAGAGGCAUCGCGGUGGCAGGUGAUGUUACUCAAAACUGUUGUAGUGGCAUCAUUGGUAGGAGCGGUGUUGCGGAGAGGGAAGUGAAUGGCUGUGAUGAAAUAGAAGAGUCAAAAGAAGAGGUCGGAGAAGAAGGAGUAGAUGUGGUGCAGCAUGCGGUGGGGGUACUAGUUGGCUCUUCUGUUUCAACCCGAUCGUAGUGUCGUAGUGUGUGUGCCGGGCUUCCGCUUGAACGACACAUGUCGUCAACGCUUUGUAAGAGGGGAAGCACCGCACAGGUGUGUAUGGGAAUUGACGUGUGCUACAAAUCAAGCCACGAUUACCGCGGUGAUUUUUGUUUCUGUAAUCUCAGACCGUUCUCCUGGCGGUUUCCCGAAGCCACACAAAAUCCCGAGAGCGUUGUGGUCACGCUCUUACCACAUCCAUCCGUUGAUUUCGAGAUGAUCAGGUUAAAAAGCGCAUGCUUCGUGCGCAUGAGCAGUCAGUUUGCUCCCCUGUGUUUUGGUCGGCAUGAUUAUGGGUUCACAGCGGUCAGGCGCGAGACUGAAUAUUCGCUCGGGCAAGAAUGAAACGACACCGUUGUGUUUUUUCGCUCAUGAGGUCUUGUUCUGUGAGCGGAUGCCAACUGCCGCCGUGUAUGGGCAUGCAGAUAACCAGUCGGUCGAGGCGCCCACAUGCUUGGCUAAAAGAGUGUGCUAUGAUGGUCGGUGUUCAGGAAAUGGAUCCUGCCAUCUCAUGCGUGGCCGUGCGUCAGUUGUAUAACUUGGACAGCCCUGUAGCAUACUUGCAGUCCAGGCCUUCUAGAACUUGUCGAGAGUGAGUUAAUUGUAGGUUAGCUGUGUAUUUGGUACGAGAUAAUUCACACAUUCAUCCC